ACGGCUGAUUUCAAACGCGGAUGACUACCGCCGUCUUGGAAACCGCGAAUCUUCUUACACUUCCGGUUUUAAAAAAGUCCACCUGCUUUCAGCUGGACUUCGUCUCCGAUUUCUUCUUAGCUCACCCGCCACAUAAAAACCAAAAACUCGAAUCUCCCCCACCCUAACCCACCAGCACUUCUCGCUCGCUCGCUUUCCCUCUCCUUUCCUUGCACCUCCAAACGCUCCGCUGUCAAUUACGGAUUCUCCGGGGAGCUAAGAACUAUGGCAAUGGCCGGACUGUACCGCCGGGUCCUCCCUUCCCCUCCUGCGAUCGAUUUCGCUUCUUCGGAAGGAAAGCAAAUUUUUCUUGAAGCGGUUCAGAAUGGAACCAUGGAAGGUUUCUAUAAGUUGAUAUCCUACUUCCAGACGCAGUCUGAGCCUGCAUAUUGUGGUCUGGCGAGCCUUUCUAUGGUCUUGAAUGCACUUGCAAUUGACCCUGGGAGGAAAUGGAAAGGACCAUGGAGGUGGUUUGACGAAUCCAUGCUGGAUUGUUGUGAGCCUUUGGAAAAGGUUAAAGCUGACGGAAUUUCAUUUGGAAAAGUUGUUUGUUUGGACGAUGUGCUGGUGCAAAAGUCGAAGCUUUCCGACCAGACAAAGCACCAUUGAUGACUUUCGUAAACAUGUCAUUAGAUGUUCCACUUCUGAUAAUUGCCAUGUGAUUUCAUCAUAUCAUAGAGGGGUUUUUAAACAGACAGGGACUGGUCAUUUUUCACCUAUUGGUGGGUAUCAUGCUGGAAGGGACAUGGCUUUGAUUUUGGACGUGGCGCGAUUUAAGUAUCCUCCACACUGGGUUCCACUAAGUCUUCUUUGGGAAGCCAUGGAUGCAAUUGACGUGACAACUGGACAUCAUAGAGGUUUCAUACUCUUAUCACGGCCGCAUACAGAGCCAGGACUGCUUUAUACCCUUAGCUGUAAGCAAGAGAGUUGGACUGGCUUCGCCAAGUAUCUAAUUGAUGAAGUUCCUGUGCUCUUGAAGUCAGAAGACGUGAAAGAUAUUGACAAAGUACUUCAAGUCGUUUUUAUGUCCUUGCCAUCACAUUUUGGUGAUUUCAUCAAGUGGAUUGCUGAAGUUAGAAGACAAGAGGAUGGUGGUGAAAACAUAAGCCAAGAGGAGAAAGGACGACUAGCCAUGAAGGAGGAGGUACUACAACAAGUGAGAGACACUGGCCUUUUCAAACAUGUUGUCACACUUUUGUCUUCUGCAACGUCUAGUUGUAGAAACGUGCCCACUAAGGGUAAUGGUGAUGAUGAUCUCUCUGAUAUUGCGGCAAAGCUCUGCUGCCAAGGCGCCGAAAUUUUGGUUGGGAAGUCUUUCAAAGGAGGCUGUUGCAUGGAAACAUGCGUAAGAUGCUUGAAAGAACAUGAUGGAAAACCCAUCACUGUAGUCUCUGGAACAGUAGUCAACGGUGGAAGUCAGCAGGGACUUGAAGUCCUGGUUCCUUCAUCUGAAAAGGAACAGAAUUCCUGCAAAUGUGGCCCUAGUAGCCAGAUUUACCCAGCUAGCAAAGAUGUUCUAACAGCACUGUUAUUGGCACUGCCUCCUGAAACAUGGUCUGGUAUCAAAGACGAGGAACUUCUCAAACAAGUGUUUACUCUUGUCUCCAUCGAAAGUCUCCCUGUUUUGCUCCAAGAAGAGGUUUUGCAUCUGCGGCACCAGCUCCGCCUUCUAAAGAUAUGCUUGAGGAAUAAGGAAGAAGAUUUAGCUGCACCCCUUCUGUAGUCACGAGAGCAGUCUCUUUUGUGUAGUGAACCAUUUGGGUUCAGAUGCUCUGAGAUUGCCUCUGGUUUUCGUAAGCCACGGUAGCAGAUGACCGAUUCCAGACGCCCCUUCGGGUAGUUCGGAAAAGAGAGAACAGCUUGCAGAUGUACUUGUUGAGAGGAGGAAGGAAGAGCAUAAUGACUUCUUCUUCCUACAGCCAUGGUCUCAGUUCUGGUCAGAUCCGAUCCCUUUCAGCCAUCUGUGAAGCCUUCAUCCCUCCAUUGACACCUCCUGACCAGAGCCAGGAAGUCCCAGUUGACAGGCAGCAAGCACUUGUUUCAUUCUAUGGAGCUUCUGGGUCUCACCCACCUAUCCCUGAUGAGGUAGACCUGAUUGUACUGUCUGGUUCUCAUUCAGCAGCUUCUGGGUCUCAUUCAGCAGCAUCAAAUAAUUGUACUGUCUGGUUUGUUUCUUUUUUCUUUUCUGAAAGGUGGCAGACCUGAUUGUCAGAAGAGGGAUGCCUGAGGCUGUGUUGGUACUGAAACUGGUACUCAAGUUGCUGUCUUCCAGGUUGGGAACACUGCUGCUCUGCGGGUUUUGCUGCUUGGACCGGAAGUGGCCAUUUAUGCACAACUUCUCUGAAAUUCCCCUGCAGCAGAGAGAGCAACUUCUCCAGAAAUGGAGUGGAGAAAUGCGGCGGCUGCUUACACCUCUCAGAGUAGUGUUUGCAACCAUCAAAAUCUUCUCCUUGUUUGUCUUCUUCUCCAGGGUAAGUUGAGAGUUGAGCUCGUCGCUUCCUUACUUUAUUUCUUCCCAUCAAUGCAAUCAACCCCAAAAUCAUGUUUGUCGCCCGGCAGAUUGACGAUGAAACUCAGAAGAACCCAGCUUGGGAAGCCAUUGGGUACCAAGUGGACACCAGGAAAACAACCCAUAUCAAACAGAAAGGAGGGGAGAGACGACCUCUGGAGAAAGGGAUUGUGGAAACGAUCCACGAAACCGACGACACCACUUUCGUCCAGUCUCUAAUCCAAAAGGGUCUCGAGGUGAGUGAAGACGAACAGCACAACACCAUCAGGAUCAAAUGCGACGCCGUAAUCGUCGGCUCCGGUUGCGGCGGCGGAGUCGCCGCUGCCGUUCUCGCUAGCUCGGGAAUGAAAGUCGUCGUCCUGGAGAAAGGGAACUACUUCGCCGCAGAGGAUUACUCCUCGCUCGAAGCACCCUCGCUGGCGGAGCUGUACGAGUGCGGGGGAAAAUUGGCCACCACCGACGGCCAGACCAUGAUCUUCGCUGGAUCCACCGUCGGCGGCGGCUCCGCCGUCAACUGGUCCGCCUGCAUCAAGACGCCCGAUUGCGUCCUCAGAGAAUGGUCCGCCGACGACAAGCUUCCCCUCUUCGGAAGCUCGAUUUACCAGAACGCCGUGGACGCCGUGUGGAAGAGGCUGGGGGUUACAGACGGGUGCAAAAGGGAAGGGUUCCAGAACAAAAUCCUCAGAAAGGGAUGCGAGAAUCUCGGCCUGAAAGUCGAAUCGGUGUCGCGAAACUCGUCGGAGGAUCACUACUGUGGAUCCUGCUGCUACGGCUGCCGAACCGGAGACAAGAAAGGCACGGACACCACCUGGCUCGUCGACGCCGUGGAGAACAACGGCGCUGUGAUAAUCUCAGGAUGCAAAGCCGAGCAAUUCGUCUUCUCCAACGACGGCGGCGGAGGGAAGAAUAAGAAGAGAUGCUCGGGAGUGACGGCGAGAUGUUUGAAUUCGAAAUUGGGGAAGAAGAAGCUGGAGAUCGAAGCUCGAGUGACGGUUUCGGCAGCUGGAUCGCUCCUCACGCCGCCUCUGAUGAUCGCGAGCGGAUUGAAGAACCCUAACAUUGGGGAAAACCUCCACCUCCACCCUGUCGUGAUGGCUUGGGGAUACUUUCCGCCAUCAUCAUCAAAUUCAAACGAGAAAUCGUACGAAGGAGGAAUCAUCACCUCAAUCCACAGAGUGGCGGACUCCUCUCCCUCCGGUGAAAUCGUCGCCAUCAUCGAAUGCCCGGCGGCGGGGCCGGCGUCGUACGCGGCGUCGUCUCCGUGGACAUCAGGGCGGGACGCGAAGGACAAAAUGGCGAAGUACUCGAGAACGGCGCUGCUGUUCGCGCUGGUGAGGGACCGGGGGUCAGGGGAAGUGAAGCGGGAAGGAAGGAUCUCCCACCGGCUGGACAGAGCGGACAAGGAGAAUCUGAGGACCGGGCUGAGGCGAGCGCUGAGGAUUCUGGCCGCCGCCGGGGCGGCGGAAGUGGGGACGUUCCGCAGCGACGGGGAGAAGAUCUCGUGCGGGGAAGGCGAGGAGGAAAUUAUGGAGGCGUUUCUGGAUGGGGUUGAAGUGGGCGGCGGGUUGCAGUCAGGUGAUGGUAACUGGACGACCUUCUUCUCUGCUCACCAGAUGGGGAGCUGCCGGAUGGGCGCCACGGCGGAGGACGGCGGCGUCGACGAGAGCGGUGAGAGCUGGGAGGCCAAAGGUCUGUUUGUGUGCGAUGCAAGUGUGCUCCCCAGUGCCAUUGGUGUCAAUCCCAUGAUCACCAUUCAGUCCACUGCCUACUGCAUUGCCAGCAAGAUAGCUGAAUCCUACUCGAUUCCUUCAGGAGACGACGAGACUUGA